AUGGCGUUGAUGAGUUCCACGUUUGCCGGUUACCAUGCAAACAUGGAACGGAAACAGUACAUCUCAACGUUGGAAAACGCUUACCGACGUGAACAAGGGAGAUCUAUCAGUCUAUUAGUAUCGCUAUCCGAUUCUCACGCGAAUGUUGCUAGUCUCUUGGCGCCUGAUGAUGAAAAAUAUCCUCUAAAUUCAAACGCGAUUCCUCAAGAUUUGGUUGAUCUUGCUGUCGCCCACCUCAGGGUUUUGCAUCACUUUCGUCAACCCGGAGUAGAACACGCGGAACAGGCUGUGAAUUGGCAAGUUGCUGCUUUGAAAGCAGCUGCCAGUUUCGUGCAGAACGUGAAAGGUAAAAACUGGCCUGUUCCGGUUUUGAUAACUCUUGCCAAAGAUUUGCGACGCUUGACAUUCAUGUUGAUGAAAUUGACCGACAGUCGCGGAAGUGCAGUUAGAGACGAAGAAGAAACAAGCAAACAUAAUCCGUACAGCAAAGCGUCGGAUACCAUUAUGGUUGCUUUUCGGAUAUGUGCUGCUGAUGGGAGAACCGCUGAUAAUGAAAGCAAGCGAGUUGGAAUGAUGGGUCUAGUGAAUCAAAUGAUCAGAAUAUACUCGAAAGGCGAACUCUGGGAAAUGUACCGACCUUUGAUACGUGCCUUGGAUCCCUUUUCAACAAAAAUGACUUUUCCCGUUGGCCAGAUGGUGACUUAUCGGUACUUCGUUGGACAAAAGCUAGUAUUUGAUGGGGAUUUCCGAAAAGCUGCCGAGUAUCUGACAUAUGCGUUCGAGCGUUGCUUGAAGACCAGUGUAGCGAAUAAGCGAAAAAUCCUCAUGUAUCUUCUUCCUGCAAAAAUGAUCCUAGGACAAAUGCCAAAAUUAUUUAUCCUGAAAAAGUACAAUCUGGAACAGUUCGAAGAAGUAGUUUUGGCUGUGAAACAAGGAAACGUGCGCCGACUGAAAGAAGCCCUGGAAACACAUCAAGACUUCUUUGUGGAAAACGGAAUUUACCUAAUUUUGGAUAAACUAUCUACUCUGACGUUUAGGAAUUUAUUUAAGAAAAUUUCUAUGAUGUUUGGAACGCAUCAAAUCGACAUCGGUUUAUACGUUCGCGCGUUGAGGUAUUUAGGCAUGCAUGACAUGGAAGAUGCCGAAGCCCAGUGUAUGAUAGCCAAUUUGAUCGACGAAGGCCGAAUCAAAGGUUAUUUAUCUUUGGUUCAUAACAAGCUGGUUGUUAGCAAGACGAAUCCAUUUCCCAUGAAAAUUGGCUGA